AUGGCUCGCUGGCGCUCGAGGAAGAAGUAUGGUUCAUACACUGCCAGACAGGUUCCAAGAAGGUAUCCAUUGUACGACAUCCUCGAGGAAGUCUACGAGAAGGUCCCCACCUACACUAUCAUUAGCGAACCUGAUGAGCCUUUGGAGCCCGUCAUGAAAGUUCCAUUGACGGAGCGCUAUCCCUGGGCUGGCGAUUUGUCCAAAGUCAACGAGCGCAAGCAGCGAAAGGAACAUGGUGAGAACGAGGAUAGGAUGGAGCCUCUGUUUGCAGCUUGGAAUGGAGCUGGGCGUCCGCCAAAAAGCCGACAGGAGAAGUGGGAGAAGAGGAUGGGAUGGCCUAGCUACAAUCAUCCGCCAUGGCUCAACGCGCCCAAGGUUGGCGAAGACGUGAAGGUUCUCCCUACGAUGACGUGGAAGAAACACAGAGAACCUGAAGACUGGCAGAAGGAUACCACUCAAGCUAAGUGGUUGAAGUGGGUGGAAGAGCGUAAGCAGCUCGAGAAGGAGAUUUACGAAGAAGUUGGCUUUGAGCACGAGACAGCGACACUCUCGGAUGAUGAGCUCUUGAGCCUAUUGAUGGCUCUCAGUCUCUGGAUCAGCCUGAGAGCUCUGAAUGCAGGUGGAACUUCCUUUGUCGUACUUGCCUGGAUUGUCGUCCUGAGCCUGUAUGCGGCGGUACCACAAAUCAAUUCCAGCAGGCCGACAGCCUUAAGAGGUGCAAACCACAGGCUCACCGCAGCUGACAGGUCUGACAGGGCCGUCGAAACAGCUGAGUCGCAAAUGCCUGCAGCACUGCCAGCAGCAAUGGUAACUGCAGCCCCGGUGGCAGCGCUGCCACCUUCGGAUGAGCCGAGCAAGCAGACGCGAGGAGCAGCGGAAUUCCAGCAGCACUAUGCGCAACUGAACGCAGAGGGCCGCUUCGAGUGCUUCGAUCACAGCAAGAGUUUCGAAACCUUUGCCGUGGUCAAUGAUGACUACUGCGACUGUGAAGAUGGUAGUGAUGAACCUGGGACAGCUGCAUGUGCAGGUUUGCCAUCUUCAAGCCUCAAAGAAUUUGCCUGCAACUGGGAAAAAGGAGAAGGACCCUUCGUGCACCUGUCUACGGUGAACGACGGGCUUUGUGAUUGUUGCGCCGGCCAGGACGAGUGGGGAAGUGAUACCCAGUGUCCUGACCGCUGCGAUGAGCUUGCGGCCGCUGCAGCAAAGUCUGCAUCACAGGCCAUGGAAGGCAGCAAAGUGCGGCAGGGCUAUGUCAGCCGAGCCCUUCAUCUCCAGUCAAGCCGGUUCAAAGACAGAGAUGGAGGUCCAGAUGGCGUCUUCUUGGCUGCAGCCGAGGACGGCUGUCUGAAGCUGAAUGAUGUUGACUUUGAGUUUGAGGUUUGCCUUUUCGAUCGCGUGACUCAACGUGAUUUGAAGAGUGGCAGGAAAUUCAAGCUUGGUCAGGGUGGUGAAUGGGCAACCUCACUCUGGGAGAACGGACAGCACAGGACUGACUACACGAAGCUGAUCAUGAACCACGGCGAUUUUUGUGCACCGGCCCACAGAAGCCGCGAGGUAGAGAUUGACUUUGAGUGUUCUGCGACGCCUGCCUUGAUAUCGGUUCAAGAGACGCAAGUUUGCAGCUACACCGCACGAAUGCGAACGCCUGCAGCAUGCCCCUCAUUGAGCUGA